CAGGCAGUCCGAGCCCAAGAGUCGCACACGCACGCAGCGGCGGGCGGCACUGGGGGGAGCGGGGGAAACCGACGAAUCCACCCACCCACCCUGACGGCUGGCCGGGCGGGAGGGAAGACGGGCGGGCACCGACGACGGGGCAGGGUGGGUAGACGGGCGGCCGGCCCGGCUGGGCAGCACGUCCCCCGCGGGAAAGCGGGGCGAAGGAAGGGAGGCGAAACUAGGCUUGGCAGGCAGUGCCGCCGCCGCUCCCUGCCGCAGGGCUCGCCCGGACCAUGCCGAUCCUCCUUUUCCUCAUAGACACGUCCGCUUCCAUGAACCAGCGGGCGUAUCUGGGCACCAGCUACCUGGAUAUCGCCAAGGGCGCCGUCGAGCUCUUCAUGAAGCUGCGGGCCAGGGAUCCGGCCAGCCGCGGAGACAGGUACAUGCUGGUCACCUUCGACGAGGCACCUUAUUGCAUUAAGGCUGGAUGGAAGGAAAACCAUGCCACUUUCAUGAAUGAACUGAAGAAUCUGCAAGCCUCUGGAUUGACAACACUUGGCCAGGCUCUUCGAUCAUCAUUUGAUCUGUUAAACCUUAACAGACUAGUGUCUGGUAUAGACAACUAUGGACAGGGCAGGAACCCUUUCUUUUUGGAGCCAUCAAUUUUGAUUACCAUUACAGAUGGAAACAAACUGACCAAUACAGCAGGUGUUCAAGAGGAGCUUCAUCUUCCUUUGAAUUCCCCCUUACCUGGGAGUGAGCUGACCAAAGAGCCAUUUCGAUGGGAUCAAAGGCUAUUUGCCCUUGUGCUGCGCUUGCCUGGAGCUUCUUCAGUGGAACCAGAACAGCUAGGAAGUGUCCCUACAGAUGAAUCUGCUAUUACGCAGAUGUGUGAAGUCACAGGAGGACGCUCAUACUGUGUUCGGACACAAAGAAUGCUGAAUCAGUGUUUAGAAUCGCUAGCUCAGAAAGUUCAGAGUGGUGUUGUAAUCAACUUUGAAAAAUCAGGGCCAGACCCACCUCCCAUCGGAGAAGAUGGGCUUGUUGAUGCCACAAGGCCUGUCAAUUCUUUUGGUUCUCAGCCAUGGCACAGCUGUCAUAAGCUUAUCUACGUGCGGCCCAAUCCUAAAACAGGGGUUCCUGUUGGGCACUGGCCAAUUCCAGAAUCUUUUUGGCCUGAUCAGAAUUCACCGUCAUUGCCUCCCCGCACAGCCCAUCCUGUGGUGCGGUUCUCCUGUGUGGAUUGUGAACCCAUGGUUAUUGAUAAGCUUCCAUUUGACAAGUACGAGCUUGAGCCAUCACCUCUGACACAGUACAUCUUGGAACGAAAAUCACCUCAUGCGUGCUGGCAGGUAUUUGUCAACAGCAGUGCAAAAUACAGUGAACUUGGCCAUCCAUUUGGAUACUUAAAAGCCAGCACCACUCUGACAUGUGUCAAUCUCUUUGUGAUGCCUUAUAACUAUCCUGUCCUCCUGCCUCUGUUAGAUGACUUGUUUAAGGUUCACAAACUUAAGCCAAAUGUGAAGUGGCGGCAGGCUUUGGACAACUACUUAAAAACAAUGCCUCCCUACUACUUACUGCCAUUAAAGAAAGCCCUAAGGAUGAUGGGAGCUCCAAAUCUGAUAUCAGAUAAUUUAGAUUGUGGACUUAGUUUCAGUGUUAUCUCUUACCUUAAAAAACUCAGCCAACAGACAAAAAUAGAAUCCGAACGGAUAAUAGGGUCAGUGGGUAAGAAAGUGCACCAGGAAAUGGGCAUUAAAGUGAAAAAUCACUCCAGCAGCCUCUCCCUGAUUCAAAGCCGGGAUUUCAAACAGCUGCUUCAAGGCAUCUCGGGUGAAUCUCCGCUGAGGUUGCCUGAAAUGAAUGUUAAGGAAUUUGCUGGUUUCCAUAUAGGACUCUUAAACAAGGAUCUGAAGCCUCAGGCAUAUCGGAAUGCUUAUGAUAUUCCUCGCUGCAACCUUUUAGACCAGUUGACCAGAAUGAGGACUAACUUGCUGAAAACACACAAACUUAUUCUGGGCCAGGAUGAAGACUGCCUUCACAGUGUUCCUGUGGCCCAGAUGGGGAACUAUCAGGAGUAUCUGAAGAUGAUGCCUUCUCCACUUCGGGAGAUUGACCCAGACCAGCCCAAAAGGCUUCAUACUUUCGGUAACCCUUUCAAGCAGGAUAAGAAGGGGAUGAUGAUUGAUGAAGCAGAUGAAUUUGUAGCUGGGCCUCAGAACAAAAUCAAGCGUCCAGGAGAGCCCAACACUCCAGCUUCUCUGAAAAGGCGGCGCAGCAUGUCCCCACUAUUGAGACGACCCCAGUCCCCACCGGUGAUAGCCAAUCAUGUGGGUGGAAAGGGACCUCCUUUGGCUGCAGGAUCCCCACCCACCCCCAACCUCAAAGCUGUACCAGCCUUCAAAGAUGCCAACAGCAAUAUGGUCCAAGAUAGCACUGAUGAGAAGAAAGUAGAAAACUUCCAGUUGCCGGACAAGCAGGUGGAUGGGCUGCUGACUCACCAGGUUCCAUCAUCUUCUGUUGCUCUAGUGGAUGAUGACCUGUCAAAUGAUGUGGAUUCUCUGCCCAAUGAACUGAAUUGCAUUGGAGAGGAUGGAUUGGACCAUCGGCCUGUUACCAACUCUCUUGUUCGGGGACCCUUAAACUAUGGAAUGUCUGCAGAGGACCAAAAGCUAACGGCAGAGUCUUCAUCUGGAACUGUGCCAAAUUCAGUGAAAAUCACACCCAGUAUGUUUGAAGGGAACAAUGAAGUUGUCAAAAUCAAAGUAAUGAAGGAAGUUCGCAAGCCUGGAAGAAAUUAUGAAAAAAUCUUCUCUCUCCUUGAAGAAGUACAAGGUCCUGUGGAAAUUCAAAAAUAUUUCAUCGAAUUUGCUAUCAAGGAAGCAGCAAGGUUUAAAAAACGGGUCUUAAUACAACACUUAGAGAGAAUACUAGAGGAAAUAGAGUUCAGCAACCUUCCCAACAGAGUUAAUCAUGUCAACAGUAGAUAAUAGUGAGUCGGCCAGACGAAUGCACGGACCAGGGAGAACGAGUUUGCUGUGUCGCAGAGGAGUGGAAGAGGACGUGGCAGCAGCUGCCCCUGGCACCUUGGCAGCCAGGCGGUUUUUCUGUUGGAAUCUGAAAAGAAGGGGUGGAGUUUUUACAUUUGAGAGCCUGUCUCACCAAAACUGGGCUGUGACCCUGAUGGAUUUGCUGCAGAAGGUGUGGCUUCCUCCCUCCUCCCCCCUUGGAGGGCCUGCUCUGCUCAAUGGGCUGAAGAAAAUACCCAGUGCUGCCCCCUCCUGCAGGUGAUCAGAAUUUUCUCAUUUGAACCUUUGUUCUAAGACAUUGUGACACCGCCUUAGACAGCAGGCCGAUGGCAUUUUUUUAAAAAAAGGCAUAUGUUUUAUCUUCACUGUUGUUGGAGAGACCCUUUAAGAAAAAGCAGAGGGGAGAGAUUCCCUCCAUGGUGGUAGUGCAUGUUAUCACUACAGACCCGAAGGCAAAAUUUUCUAAGAAUCACUAGCCGAGCCUGAGUUUUCAGGGUAGACUUGAGAGUAAAGCAGCUGCUAGACUGGGUUGAGGAAAGCUUAACACGAGCCCCGUGACUACUAUCUCUGGUAGCCACUAAGCAACCUACCUCAGCCUCUCUUCUCUUUUGUCUGCAGACAUUAUGAAAGCGCACCCGAGGCUCCCCAGGUCCAGACUUCAGUUCUCUUUCAUCUUGUGAGGAGGACGGAGACUCUUCACGUGGACUUGGCUUUGGAAGCGCUUAAAGGAAACUUUGGGGUUUUUUGUGUUUUGGGUUUUUUAAAGAAAAACACAACCCUUUCUCUCCCCAAAAUCUAUAUAUAUAUGUAUUUUACUUUUUAAAGAAUUCAUAUGAAAUUAUUUUGGACAGUGUUCAUCAGAUCCUUAAUUUGAUAUAACAGAUGGUGUGUGUACAUGUAUAUAUACAUAUAUAUAUGAGAGAUUUUUUUGAGCACUUGUAUAUAAUAAAAAUCAUUUUAUGAUUUUCUUA